GGAAAGAAGGAAGUUAUGAAGAGAGAACCUCAACACUCUCUAGCUUGUGACAUAACUGAGGUGGGAGUUGGGACCCCCACUGGGCCAGUGGGGACAGUGACCCUAACUGGGAAGACACGAAUCAGUCCAGCAGCUUCACUCAUGUUUUUAUUUUAAAACCAACUCUUGUACUGGUAACAGUGACAUCAUCACUGAACUGAAACUGUGCAAAGAUUUAUAUUCAUAUCAUUACUGUCAACAUUGGCUUUUAGCCAAUCAAAUGGUGUAGAAGAAAGCCUGAAGCCCUUGAGGAGGGAUCCUUAUCUAAUUCUUCUCCAGGCCAAUAAGCUGUGAGUCCUUGGAAGAAUAAGCCAGCAUGGACUGGGGUACCCUACACACUUUCAUUGGGGGUGUAAACAAACACUCCACCAGCAUCGGGAAGGUAUGGAUCACCGUAAUCUUCAUCUUCCGUGUCAUGAUCCUUGUAGUGGCUGCUCAAGAAGUGUGGGGUGAUGAGCAGGAAGAUUUUGUUUGCAACACUCUGCAACCAGGAUGCAAAAAUGUAUGCUAUGACCACUUUUUUCCUGUGUCCCACAUCCGGCUGUGGGCCCUGCAACUCAUCUUUGUCUCCACCCCGGCCCUGUUGGUAGCGAUGCAUGUUGCCUACUACAGACAUGAGACUGCCCGCAAAUUUAGGCGAGGAGAGAAAAGAAAUGAAUUCAAAGACUUAGAAGACAUUAAAAAGCAGAAGGUUCGGAUAGAGGGGUCCCUGUGGUGGACGUACACCAGCAGUAUCUUCUUCCGAAUCAUCUUUGAAGCAUCCUUUAUGUACGUGUUUUACUUCCUUUACAAUGGGUACCAUCUGCCUUGGGUGUUGAAAUGUGGGAUUGACCCUUGCCCCAACCUUGUCGACUGCUUUAUCUCUAGACCUACUGAGAAAACCGUGUUUACCAUUUUUAUGAUUUCUGCAUCUGUGAUUUGCAUGCUGCUUAACGUGGCUGAAUUGUGUUACCUGCUGCUGAAAGUAUGUUUUAGGAGAUCAAAAAGAACACAAACACAAAGAAAUCAUCCCAAUCACACCCUAAAAGAGAGUAAGCAAAAUGAAAUGAAUGAGCUGAUUUCAGAUAGUGGUCAAAAUGCCAUCACAGGCUUUCCCAGUUAAACAUUUCAAAGCAUAACGUAGCUGACUCAUAACAAAAGUGGUGCCUUCUCCUGAAGGCAAUGCCUAUCUAAAAAUUCCUCCCAUAGGCUGAAGACUUUGUCUUUAUAAAUGCUUUCAUAAUACAUAGAUACUUUAAUUAACAUUUUGUAGAAUAAUUGUUCCAUUAAUAUGUAGCAAAAUCAAAUAUGUGGUCUAUCUCUGAAAACUAAGACAGGAUUACAACUGUGCCUUGAAGUAACUUUAACAUAUUAUGUGGACUGUCCGACAUACUAGGUAUUUCCUGAAAAUUUAAACGUGUAACUGUUGUUGAUAAAAAAACAUUUACAUAGAAAUUGAUACUUUGAUUAGUAAAAGAUAUUUUUAUAGGAUUGAAUGUUUUAGUUCUGACUUUGAAUUUAUAUAAAGUAUUUUUAUAAUGACUGGUCUUUCUUACAUGGGAAAACAUACGAUGUUAGUUUUAUAAUUAUGCCAUAAGUAUCUAAAAUUUGAACUUACAAAGAGUCUAUCUUGUUGUAAAUAGUGUUUUGCAUUGUCUGUUGACAAACUUAUGAACUAUCAUGAUACUCUUAAGGUGGAAAUUGUUCAUUGUAUAAAAUAUUUUUAUUGCUUCCUGAAUGUAGACAGAACUGUAUGGAAGUAGGAAGCUUUUUAAAACUAGACAAUUUGCAAUCAUUGUGAACAGCUGACAUGAAUGUGCUAACCUCAAUAAAGAUUAGCCCCAUUGCUUA